AACCAAGAAGGAGAAGAAGGAGACUAUGAUUUACCGUGGCAAGCUAUUCGAGACUCAGUAUUUUGGGCCGACCCAUCCCAUUAGUUGGGGCGCUCGCACGUUCAUGGUGGAGUCUAUAAGUCGAGAUACGACGCUUGCACAAGUCCAGAGGUCAUUGAAAUCAUUGCAGCUGCAAUGGAAGCAGGCCAAAUCGACUUUAGUUACCUCGGGGGAGAUCGACGUUCAACGCUUGGUCAGUCUUCUUCCUGAUCGGACGACAACAGAUCGCCUAGUACAAGUUUACUGGAGAACCUUCGAAACCAUUCACCGCAUACUAUAUAAGCCUGACUUUUGGGCUGACUACUAUGCUCUCUGGGAGAACCCCUUGGCUGCCUCGGCCGAGUUUCUUGUUACGGUGCUUCUCGUUGUGGCCACGGUAAGUUGCAUUUGCUCUGAAGAGCACAUGUCAUACAUCGGCGACAGCUCUAGUCUACGCGAACGAGCUAUCGCCUUGGUGGAAGUAUGCGAGUUUUGGCUCGAACGUCAAAGUCAAAAGAACAUCUCGCUAGCCCACUGGCAAUGUCGCUGUCUUCUUUUACUUGCAAAGAUCUCCAAUACAAUCAAGAAGAAACAGACGUGGAACAUUGCUGGAAACCUCCUUCGGCAAGCAAUGUCUGCUGGUUUUCACAGAGAUCCCAGUCUAUUGGGAACACCAAUGAGACAGAUCGACCAGGAGAUGAGGCGUCGCUUAUGGGCGACGAUCGUCGAAUUGGAGCUCCAGAUUUCUAUCGAGAGGGGAAUGCCUUCUAUGUUAACCAGUGUGACCUGGGAUACCGCGAACGCGCUUGAUGUGCUCGAUGAAGAGCUCGAUCAGAGUGGCAAGGGGAGGCAUAGCCCGCAUUCCACUGUAUCGUCCUUGCAUUCUAGCAGAGCAAGCCUCUCUCUACGUUUGUCCUUGACUGCUGCGAUUAACGAUACGCAUUCGCCUCUUACGCAUGACGACGUACUGAACUUAAUUCUAGAAAAUCGUCUUCCGAGGAACAUGAGUCCAGCGCCCGAGACGCUCUCAGUGAAACGGUUCUUGACCUUCAGCUUCGACAGUUUCUGCUGUUGCUACAUACACCCUUCGCCA